GGGACUUCCUGCAGGGGAGCUGCUGCAGCGCCCUAACGCUUUGUAGGCGAGCUCUCUGGGGUUGGGGGGCAGGGCGGUGAAGGGGAACCCUCAGCUGGAGACCUUCCAGUGCAGUCAAGGAAGAGGAAGGGUAGCAGCAGCCGUCAGGGAAGGAGGAGGCGGCUGCACCGCAGAAUAACAGGAGCCCCCACCCCCCUGCGUAAGGGAAGAGAGAGAAGAGCCGCUGCUGUCACUGCUCCAGCCACUCAGCCUGAAGAUGGCUGCUUCUUCCUCCUGCAAUUUGGAAGAAGAUGAGAGUCUGAAGGGAUGUGAACUCUAUGUUCAGAAGCAUAACAUCCAACAGAUUUUGAAAGAGUGCAUUGUAAACCUUUGCAUCGCAAAACCAGACCGGCCAAUGAAGUUCCUCAGAGAACAUUUUGAAAAAUUAGAAAAGGAAGAAUGCAAACAAAUAUUGGCUCGGCAGAAAUCUAAUUCUCAGUCAGAUUCUCAUGAUGAUGAGAUUUCUCCUCCUCCUCCAAACCCGGUGGUGAAAGCUCGACGCAGAAGGGGAGGUGUCAGUGCUGAGGUGUACACUGAGGAAGAUGCUGUUUCUUAUGUUAGAAAGGUUAUUCCAAAGGACUAUAAAACAAUGACUGCUCUGGCAAAAGCCAUCUCCAAGAAUGUGCUCUUUGCUCACCUUGAUGACAAUGAGAGAAGUGACAUAUUUGAUGCCAUGUUCCCCGUUAUGCACAUUGCCGGAGAAACAGUCAUACAGCAGGGUGACGAAGGAGACAACUUCUAUGUAAUUGAUCAAGGAGAAGUGGAUGUUUAUGUAAAUGGAGAAUGGGUGACCAGCAUUGGAGAAGGAGGCAGCUUUGGGGAGCUUGCAUUGAUCUAUGGAACACCAAGGGCUGCCACUGUCAAGGCCAAGACAGACCUCAAACUUUGGGGCAUCGACAGGGACAGCUACAGACGCAUUUUAAUGGGCAGCACACUGAGAAAGCGAAAGAUGUAUGAAGAAUUCCUGAGCAAGGUCUCCAUUUUAGAAUCAUUGGACAAAUGGGAACGCCUUACAGUAGCGGAUGCACUAGAACCCGUCCAGUUUGAAGAUGGAGAAAAAAUUGUUGUGCAGGGAGAGCCAGGGGAUGACUUUUUCAUCAUCACAGAAGGCACAGCUUCUGUUCUUCAGCGCAGAUCUGAUAAUGAGGAGUAUGUAGAAGUUGGAAGACUUGGUCCAUCGGAUUAUUUUGGUGAGAUAGCACUGUUGCUCAAUCGUCCCAGGGCAGCCACUGUAGUGGCACGUGGGCCACUGAAGUGUGUAAAGCUGGAUCGUCCUCGCUUUGAACGAGUGCUUGGUCCUUGUUCUGAAAUCCUGAAGAGAAACAUUCAGAGAUACAACAGUUUCAUUUCUCUUACCGUCUAAGCUAUUCCACUGGGAACGCUGCCUUUGUGUGACCCUGUGCACUUAAAUUUGACCUGUGCAGCUCAAUAGCUUUAUGAAGAGAAAAAAGUGUGCAUUUUAUGUGUCUUUUUCUGUCUAUGUCUGAUGCACUGGAUAUAAAGUCAGAUGUUAUGUGUCAUUAAAGUAGGACAACAAGCAUUUGGAUAAGACUAGCUGUUAGGAUUGUUUAUGAAUGGUUAGGUUUUCGGCUUCCAGGUAAGAUUGCUCUGUGUUACCCUGUAAAAUACUUUCAUUGUGCAUUUUUAGCUACUUAAAAAUACAUCUGAGUCUCUAUUUCUCCAUUUAUUUUAGCUUAGUCUCCUGAAAGUUAGUCCUAUCCAUCUUUUGUCAAUUUUUUUUAGGAAUAUACAUCCCCCUCUGCCCUUCAGUUUAAAAUGCUCUUCACUUGUUACGGGAAGUUUACAAAACACCGCAUGACAAAGGACGGUUGCACAAUUUGAGGGGGACGGCAAGAGGAAGAUUUUGAUCAUUCCAAUACUCCAAGAAAGAGUAGAACUUUGAAUCAUUUUGUCUGUUAAAUAUACUGGGCCAGAUUUGUCCCUGAUGCAAAUUCUUUGAAGACAGUGGAGUUACAUCAGGGAUAAAUUUGGCCAUGCUCCAAUUCAAUUUUGAAAGUGAAGAUUUCCAGGUGUUUGGGGGAUUUUUCGGUAAGCAUUUAAGUGUAGCCAUUAGUUCCCGAAGUGGGUUGCCCUGAGCCUUUUUAACUAAGAGCCUGAGCCAAAGCCCACUGAUGUCAAUAGGAGCUUUUCCAUUGACUUUAGUGGGCUUUGAAUCAGGUCCUAAGACUUUUGAAGCAUCAUUCUAUACACCAAAAUAUCAUCAGCAGCGUUUUCUGAAUAGUAUAUAAAAAGCUUGAGCGAUCAUGCUAGAAAGCACAUCAAAGAUAUUCAAUGGCAGUUUGGUAUUUUAUUUUAUAUACGGUCCAUUUACUCCAGUUAAAAUACCUUUGCUUUUGUAUAUGAUCGAGGUUUUUCGAAAGCCAGACAUAUACUUUCAAACGAAUCAUCCCGGAAUGUACUGUGCUGCCUCUUGUCAAAAAGACGAGCACUGUGCAAGAGACUAGUCAGGCCCUGAGCCUGCAAUGAACGGCAUGUGCUUGGACCCCUGCCCCUGGGCACAGCCCCACUGACUUUGUUGUGGCUCUGCACAGGCACAGGAACCCUCUUGUGUAGAAAGCAACAAAGAGUCCUGUGGCACCUUAUAGACUAACAAAUGUAUUGGAGCAUAAGCUUUCGUGGGUGAAUACCCACUUCGUCAGACUAGCACGGCUACCCUCUGAUACCUGCCUCUUGUGUAGGGCUUUCUGCAGAACCAGGCCUUAGCCUGCUGUGCAGCCCUCCAAGAUUUGAACAUUUUAAAUCAUUCCUUUGGGGAAAUUUUCCAUUGGAGGAAAACUCAGUUUGAUCGCUGUAGCAAAGAGUGCAUCCAACUACCAUAAAUACACCUUUGGAUUAUGGUAAAGCCAUAUUUCUCUGUUUAUUAAAGCAUCCUCCUAUUUGAUGACAGUAAGAAUUUUUAAUAUCCUUCCUUCCUUAUAUGCUGAAAUUACAAAUUAAACAAGGCAGACAGAACCUUUUUUAAAUCAAAGGGGCUAGUCAAGAAUAUGGCUAAAUUAACUAAAACUGAAAAAGUUCAUUAUGCUCUUUUAACCUAAAUUUACAAAAAUUCCUUUUGGAAUUUUCCCAUCAAGAAAACGCCUUGGGCUCAAUACUGCAACCCUCAGAGUAAUCUUCGCUGAGCUACAUAAAUCCACGGACUUCAGGAUCAGGCCUAUCAUAAUUUCAAUCUAUUUAACUGAUUUCAGUAUGUUUUUAGUGAUCCCAGUAAUCUCUAUUUAUGACUAUUAUUUAUUAUGAGUGUUAUGCUUCUUGCAUGGAUUAUUAAAUGUGACCAGUCAAAGUGUUUUGUUUUCCAACUUGCAAUUUCAUGACAAAACAUUUAUAUAGACAAAAAUCCACCAGACAGGUACAUUCAUGUAAAAAACUCAUUCUUUGCUUAACCAUUUUUGUAUUUUCCUAUUCUGUGCAAUUAAAAAAAAAAUGUAAAGGUUACCACUCACUCAUGUAUGCUGUUUUAUCUCUUGCGUUUCUGCUGCUGUAUUGGUAAAAAUCUGUGAGCGUUUGGCAUAAAAUGCAGGAAACAUUUCAGCAUUACUUAGACAUUGAGUGUAUUAAUCUCACUGUUGAGAGUUAAAUAUACACACAUACAAAACAGAUACUUUGCUUUGAACUUUUAAAGAUGAUGAAAAUCCGAUUUGAAUUACAAUUCUGUUGUAAACAAUCUGAAAAGACAUGUAACCAUUUAACAGCAGAAUUCCUUUGAUGUAAGGGGAACAGUCUAUUUCAUUUUAAAGAUUAUUGUGAUAUUUGAUAUGGAUGAUGCGACAGAAUUAUGGUAUGAAUAAAAUUCUUGUACGUUA